AUGUCUAUGGCUGGUUUGUUAUCACUUGUUUCAGCAGCAGCGGCAUUCAAGUCAUUGUUUUUCUUUUCCUACCAUUCAACUGACUUUGAGGUACACCGCAACUGGAUAGCCAUUACUUGUUCCCUUCCUAUUUCCAAAUGGUACUAUGACGAGACAUCUAAAUGGACGCUGGAUUACCCCCCCUUCUUUGCUUUUUUUGAAUGGGUAUUGUCGUUUGCAGCCAUUCGAGUUGACCCAGAAAUUUGUAAAGUCACUUCCCAUCCAUAUACAUCGGACAGACUUAUAAUUUUCCAUCGAUUAAGUGUCAUAUUUUCUGAGAUUCUACUUUUCGCAGCUACAAUGAGGCUACUACGUUCACUGAAAUCAUCUGGAUGUGGAUUUUUGAAGCAAAGUUACUACCCCUUAUGGUUCCUCUUUGCCUUCAAUUUUGGCCUACUUAUUGUUGAUCACAUUCAUUUCCAAUACAAUGGAUUUUUGUUCGGCAUAUUGAUGCUAUCUAUGGCAUAUAUUAUUGAAGAAAAUUACCUCGCCGCUUCUCUGUUGUUCACUACACUUUUGAAUUUUAAGCACAUCUUUGUAUACGUAGCUCCAGCUUAUUUCAUUCAUAUUUUAAUGAACUACUGUCUAGGAGAAGAUGGGUUUUCAAGCAUUGUGAAUCGUUUUGUAAAGGUUGGCAGUGUUGUGUUAUUGGUGAUGACUUCAUCGUUUGGAUACUUCAUUUUCACGGACGAAAUGAAACAAGUUAUAAGUCGUCUCUUCCCUUUUAAUCGGGGUCUUUGUCACGCAUAUUGGGCUCCAAACUUCUGGUCGAUAUUCAAUUUCGUGGACAAAUUAUUGAACUUCCUUGAUGAACGUUUUCUUCAUAUGUGGCCUCAAAAAGUUUCAUCCACGGCGAGGAUGACUGGUGGUUUAGUGGAAAAUGUGGAGUAUGUUAUUCUGCCCAAUAUAACACCAUCAUGUACAGCCGUGCUUAGUUUGCUGUUUAUGCUGCCCUGUUUAUGUGUGUCAGUGAAGAAAAGUCGUUUCUUUAAUGUCCCAAAUAAUGUUGUCUCACAUGUCUUUCUGAAAUCCGUGAUUAUAACAAUUUGGUCUUGUUUCAUGUUUGGCUGGCACGUUCACGAAAAAGCAGUCCUAAUGUUUUUAUUACCCUUGAAUUUAUUCACACUAACGUCUGGAGAACAUCGAUUUCUCACUUUUUAUGUGAGUACCCUGGGGUACUAUAGCCUUAUUCCAUUAAUUCCUACACAAGCUGAGCUUCCCGCUGUCAUAUCCACUUACCUAGCACACACAUGUAUUCACUGGCUUAUUUUAUUUCGUGUGCUACCAGCUAAUCAUCAUCAUAACACUGGUAAUAAUGAUAAAAAUAAACAACAAAGGCAAAUCAAACAAUCAGUGUUAGAGCGCACUGUUCAGUUUAUUGGCAGUUUACAUCUAUGGGGUCUUGUGCUACUUUUUAUAUUCACAAAGAUCAUUGUACCGACAACAUCUUUAGGACAACGUUUACCCUACCUACCAUUGAUGCUUACUUCAGUGUAUACAGCAGUUGGAUUAUUUUGUUCCUUUCUGAUUUUUAUGUGGCCAACAACAAAAAAAUGUAUACCCGAUGUAAUAAAAUCAUCAAACAACACAGAGAAGGCUAAGAAGAAAAAACUACAAUGA